CGGGACCUUCCAAUGGGUUGUCACAUGGUUUAAUUUCACAAUAAAUUCUGAAGGUCUGGUUUAAGUUGCAUAGAGCCAUCAGUCAUCAUCAAGAUGUCACUUCUGGUGGUUUCAUGUCUAUUGCUGCUCGGAACGGGAGUUUUUGGAGCGCCUGAUGCUGAUGAGAUCAAAUAUCUCCCUGGACUUUCGAAACAGCCCAGCUUCAAGCAGUACUCGGGAUACUUAAACGUUGCUGACAACAAGCACCUUCAUUAUUGGUUUAUUGAGUCUGAGAAAGAUCCUGCCAAAAGCCCUGUGGUUCUUUGGUUGAAUGGAGGACCAGGCUGCAGCUCUCUGGAUGGGCUACUCACAGAACAUGGCCCUUUCUUGAUUCAAGAUGAUGGAAUGACAUUGGAAUAUAAUAAACAUUCCUGGAACCGGAUUGCCAAUGUGUUGUACCUUGAGUCACCAGCAGGGGUUGGGUUUUCCUACUCUGAUGACCAUCAGUACGCCACCAAUGAUACGGAGGUUUCGAUGAAUAACUACCUUGCCCUAAAGGAAUUCUUUAAGCUCUUCCCAGAAUAUGCAAAGAGUCAGGUCUUUCUCACUGGUGAAAGUUAUGCUGGAAUCUACAUCCCUACACUGGCUGAGAGGGUAAUGGAAGAUGAGAGCAUUGAUCUCCAGGGUAUAGCUGUUGGGAAUGGGAUGUCCAGUUAUGAACUGAAUGACAACUCGCUUGUGUAUUUUGCAUAUUACCAUGGACUUCUUGGCACUAGCCUGUGGAAAGCCUUGCAGACAUAUUGCUGUAAAGAUGGGAAGUGUGACUUCUACAAUAACCAGGAUGCAAACUGCACCAGAAAUCUGGACGAGGUGCAAUAUAUUGUCUACAGCUCUGGUCUGAACAUGUAUAACCUGUAUGCUCCCUGCCCUGGUGGUGUUCCAGUGAGGGCCAGUGUUGACAAUGGCCAACUUGUCAUCCGAGAUCUGGGGAACCAUUUCAUCAAACAUGAACUGUCCACUGUGUGGAACCAGAAACUUCUAAACUUGAUGACUGUCUACAAAUCUGUGAGGCUUGACCCUCCUUGCACAAACUCUACUCCAUCUGUGCUCUACUUGAACAAUCCCUAUGUCAGGGCUGCUAUUCACAUCUCACCCAAAGCCCUCAACUGGCAGAUAUGCAGUGCUGAAGUGAACAGGAAGUACAAACGCUUGUACAUGGAUGUGACCCAACAGUACCUCAAGCUUCUGGGAAAACUUAAAUACCGCAUUCUGGUGUACAAUGGUGAUGUCGACAUGGCCUGCAACUUCCUUGGUGAUGAGUGGUUUGUCGAAUCCCUCCAACAAGAGGUGCAGGUGCAGCGACGGCCUUGGACCUAUGACAAUGGCGAGAGUCUACAGGUCGGUGGCUUCGUCAAGGAGUUCUCCAACCUGGCCUUCCUCACAGUCAAGGGCUCUGGUCACAUGGUUCCUACUGACAAACCCAUUGCCGCUUACACGAUGUUCUCCCGGUUCAUAACCAAACAGCCUUUCUGAGCGGGGUUCUGUUCCUCUGCUUGAGGUCUUGCACUGGAGCACUGUGAAAUGCACAGCUUUCCUCCACUCUUUAGAGGCAGGGGAUUCUCCUCAGGGGUUCACGGGAAGGGCAAAACAAAUCUGUUUUAAAAAAAAAAAAAGAAAAAAGAAAACCAUCUCCGUCCCCCAAAGCCUUUCUUUGCAUAUGAUUAUGAUUAUGACUCUGAGAUGCAAUCAGCACUUGUUCUACUGUAUAUGAAUGUUUUAAGGAAAGAUGAAAUAAUGAGGCUGAUGGCCUGUACAUUCCCUGCCCAGGCUGUGCAUCAACUCUAGUAUGUUCAGCAUUAAAUGGUACCCUUUUAUCUGUAGUUUAACUACUGUGGGAAUUUGUCUUUUACACACCCCAAAGGGAUUUCUUUCUCAUUGUCAGUUAACUUUAUUCAUGUUGUGAAUGGUGUUCUGGGGGAAAAGACUCACAGGGGACUUGCGCGUAGUGAAUAGAACCCUUCAGUUCCCCCCCCAGUCAGACUUACACUCUAACCACUGGAUCAAUCAAGUUUUGAGGGAAAUCUUGUGUUGUGUAGGGUUUCUUUCUUUGCGCCUAGUGCCUCAAAAUGCUUGUUUGUAGUUUUGCAAAAUCUGCAUAAUCAAAAAGGGAAUUGUCCAUUAUGUCUCUGUAUUUUGUUGCAGUAUUGAUUAAUGUUUUUAUAUUAAAGUGAUGUUCCUUUAAA